GUGAGCACGAGGCACGCGUAACUCCUUCAAGCAGGCUGCUCCCCCCAACCGGGCUCUCGAGUCCCAUCGUGCGCGCGCGUCUCGACGUGCAGCGAUGGCCGAUCGGAACUCGGCGUGGACGCCGACGAUUUUGGCGGCGUUCUCCGUCCUGCUCACGGCAUCGCUGGCGGGGGCCAGCUUCAGCACCGUGGAAUUCACAUCCUGCGGGGGCGAUGUAAUACAGGUUCGCGUAGACCCCUGCGAAAAGCUGCCUUGCACAUUUAAGAAAGGCCGAUCGGCGAAGAUCGAGAUGGACUUUCACAGCGUGAAGAACCAGUCCAGCGUGAGCGUGGCCAUCAUGGGCAAGUCUCACGGCGUGCUUCUUCCGCUGCCGUUCAAUCAGAAGGACGGCUGCACCAGCUCGGGCCUUGAUUGCCCUCUGCAAGCCGGUCGGAACUACACAGUCGCGCGAGCAGUCAGGGUCUACCGGAUCUAUCCAAAGAUGGAGAUCCUCGCGGUGUUUGAAGUGAGCGGCAAAGGAGGAGACGUCUUAGCCUGCGUCGAAUUCCCCAUUCACAUUAUGUGAACCACGAGGAACGGCUACAGGAAGCCACCUGGAUACAGGGCAGCUCAAACAGCCCUCUGCGCGGUAUCCCAAGAAAGCAGGCAGCAAGAGCAAAUCGUGGACGCAAACGACAAUACGGGCCAUCGACCAGCGUGCGACGUGCAAACGGCCGCAAAAGAAGUUUCAACAAAGCCGCGUAUCGUUGGCUGCGGCAGCGACAACUGUAAAGUGCACCGAUGCGGUUGAGAGGACCGCUGCCUUUGUGUAAAAAUAAAAGGGGGGGGGGGGGUCAGAGAUGUGU